GCCUUGACUUUGACGGGAGCGAGAGUGAGCGAGCGCAGAACAGGUUUGAGCAGCAGACGGUGCCGCGUCGGGCAGAGCGAGGUCGGUUCAGUCUCCUUCCUGGAGCAGCGUUACGUGUUUUUAUGGAUUUCUACCAGAGAGUCGGCGUUGUUGGUUGAAAGCGUGGCUUUGUGUCGCGCCGCCACCGUCCCAUCACCCGGUCUGUGUGAGGAGAAGCGGCGAACCGCGCAGGAAGACGCGGUCUCACCUCGGCAAAGAGACGCCAACAAAGAGGUCGGGAAGCAGCCGCUGCCCGCGCCGGUCCGAGUUGGGUCCAAGUACGGCACCAUGGCCCGCGGAGGACGCCCCGCGACGGCUCUCACUCUGCGCCUGUUUGUUCUGCUUCUGAACGCGGGGAGUCUACGAGUGAACGGGCAGUACGGCGGCGGCGACCGGGGGAUGUCUGUCCCGGAGCACGGGUUCUGCCAGCCCAUUUCCAUCCCGCUGUGCACGGACAUCGCCUACAACGAGACCAUCAUGCCGAACCUGCUGGGUCACACCAACCAGGAGGACGCGGGGCUGGAGGUGCACCAGUUCUACCCGCUGGUCAAAGUCCAGUGCUCCCCGGAUUUAAAGUUCUUCCUGUGCUCCAUGUACGCGCCCGUGUGCACGGUGCUCGAGCAGGCGCUGCCGCCGUGCCGCUCGCUGUGCGAGCGCGCGCGCCAGGGCUGCGAGGCGCUCAUGAACAAGUUCGGCUUCCAGUGGCCCGACAGCCUCGCGUGCGAGUCCUUCCCGGUGCACGGCGCGGGCGAGCUGUGCGUGGGGCAGAACGUGUCGGAGCGCCCCGAGCCCGCGCCCCCGAGCCCCACCGAGCGCGCGCACCACGACCCCGGCAGCGGCCAGUUCCGGUGCCCGGCCUCGCUCCGCGUGCCGCCCUACCUCAACUACCGCUUCCUCGGCCAGGAGAACUGCGGCGCGCCGUGCGAGCCCAAGAGGUCGCACGGGAUGAUGUACUUCAGCGAGGAGGAGCUGAAAUUCGCCCGCGUAUGGAUCGGCAUCUGGUCCGUGCUGUGCUGCGCCUCCACCUUCUUCACGGUGCUGACCUACCUGGUGGACAUGAAGCGCUUCAGCUACCCGGAGCGGCCCAUCGUCUUCCUGUCCGGCUGCUACACCAUGGUGUCCGUCGCCUACAUCGCCGGCUUCCUGCUGGAGGACAGGGUGGUGUGCAACGAGCGCUUCGACAACGACAUCCGCACGGUGGUGCAGGGCACCAAGAAGGAGGGCUGCACCAUCCUCUUCAUGAUGCUCUACUUCUUCAGCAUGGCCAGCUCCAUCUGGUGGGUCAUCCUGGCGCUCACCUGGUUCCUGGCGGCGGGCAUGAAGUGGGGCCACGAGGCCAUCGAGGCCAACUCGCAGUACUUCCACCUGGCGGCGUGGGCCGUGCCCGCCAUCAAGACCAUCAGCAUCCUGGCGGUGGGCCAGGUGGACGGCGACGUGCUGAGCGGCGUGUGCUUCGUGGGCAUCAACAGCGUGGACGCGCUGCGCGGCUUCGUGCUGGCGCCGCUCUUCGUCUACCUGUUCAUCGGGACCUCGUUCCUGCUGGCGGGCUUCGUGUCCCUGUUCCGCAUCCGCACCAUCAUGAAGCACGACGGCACCAAGACGGAGAAGCUGGAGAAGCUGAUGGUGCGCAUCGGCGUGUUCAGCGUGCUGUACACGGUGCCGGCCACCGUCGUCAUCGCCUGCUACUUCUACGAGCAGGCGUUCAGGGAGCAGUGGGAGCGCACGUGGAUCGGCCAGACGUGCAAGACGUACGCGGUGCCCUGCCCCGCGCAGAGCGCCCACAGCACCAGCCCCGACUUCACCGUGUUCAUGAUCAAGUACCUGAUGACGCUGAUCGUGGGCAUCACCUCGGGAUUCUGGAUCUGGUCCGGGAAGACGCUCAACUCCUGGAGGAGGUUUUACACCAGACUGACCCACAGUAAACGCGGGGAGACCACGGUGUAGCGUGCUUCCACACAGACUCGGUGACAAACUGAAUGAUAAUCGCUUUGUACUUCCCUAUUUUACUUUGCUCUGACUCACAGAGGGCGUUUUUAAUGUACAUACACAUUUUUGAGAUUUUUGUAAGUAUAUAUUUGUAUUUAAAGAUUUAAAAAUUCCUCUUAAAAAACGACUUUUUCGUACUUUUGGACUCAACUGGACUUAAUCCUCACAACCGAGCAGCCGAGCAUGGAGGAUCGCAGGGUCUCGUGACUGGACUUACUGGACACCACUGGUGGAGUUUCUAGUGCGGAGCGGUUGUGUCUUUUGAUCAGUGAACUGCCUGUGAGCUGGGCUCUAUUCUAAGCGGAGUCCCGUGAAACCCAAGUGCUUCCUCGUGGCCUCCUCCUUAUCCAGAUUAGCCAGCUGCAGUGUGUGUGUGUGUGUGUGUGUGUGUGUGUGUGUGUGUGUGUGUGUGUGUGUGUGUGUGUGUGUGUGUGUGUGUGUGUGUGUGUGUGUGUGUGUGUGUGUGUGUGUGUGUGUGUGUGUGUGUGUGUGUGUGUGCGUGCGUGCGUGCGUGUGUGUGUGUGCGUGCGCGCGCGCGCCUCUGCCCGGUGGAGGGAAAUGUCAACAAUGUAGGAGACAAGAGACGGAGCACAGAAUGUGAAUGUGAGUCAUUGUGACAGAUGGCUCCGGCCUCACGCUUAUAAAAUUCCUUUCUAAAGAAAGCGCUCUCCAUCACUGCUGUUCCAAUGACCACGCUGUGUAGUUUUUGUGCAUAUUUUAGCCUCUUAGUGGAUUUCUCACUAUGCAGUACUGCAGGACGUUUGUAGGUUCUAAGGUUCUACCCAGUGGAACGUCUUCUCCAUGUUUAUCUUGACGGAGCAGUUUUUAAGAAUGAGUUUGAACACUAAAUGCUGCUUCACAUUGUGAGACAAUAAAAUCACUUUGACUGAGAAAACCAAGGACAUUUCAAAGCUGUAACACUUAAUAUAACCUGGUGAAAACUGAAACUAACGAGCUGCUUUAACGGACCGUUCAUGGAACUAUAAAAUGUUCCAUGAACGGUGUUAAAAUGUUCCAUGAACGGGGUGUGUGUGUGUGUGUGUGUGUGUGUGUGUGUGUGUGUGUGUGUGUGUGUGUGUGUGUGUGUGUGUGUGUGUGUGUGUGUGUGUGUGUGUGUGUGUGUGUGUGUGUCACAUUUUAAACAAUAAUUGUAUUUUUAAUUAGAGUGCCAUGUAAAGUCAUUUGACACAUUUUUCUUUUGAAUUAUACUUUCCUAAUUAUUACAAAUAUUUACUUCACCAAAGUAAACUUUUUUUAUCAAAUUUUGAACUAAGUUAUCUAAACUGUGAACAAACGUGAAUCAGAAUGUGGCUUGGUUUAGUUUACAAUACUCAAGGUCACACACUACGCAAUCAGCAAUAAAUUAAAAAUACAUUUCAACUUUGUUCUGAUUGUCUAACUAUAAACUCCAGAAUUCUGAACGUACACGCACAUUAUUAGUCGGUUUAUAGUCAUUAGUAUCCACCCAGUUCCUGUAAUGACUGAAACAUGGCGCUGUGAACGUGAUGAGUCCAUAUUAGCGAGGCUGUCUGUCUGCACCACACACUACUUGAUUUGUGCUUGUGAGGAAAGAUAUUUUUGAUUUAGCUUUUGCGGCGCAUUCCUUCGUUUGGAGGUCGAGCAUGUCAGUUACUGCAGAGUCAUUUGAUCCUGGGGAACGUAGCUGCGUGUCUGCGCUGUGGGACUGAAGAGCAGCCAGCGUGGCUUCCACUGCAGGAGAAAGGAAGCCUUGUGUUGAAAUGCAGAGCGGCUGCUGUCAGUGCAGCUCUCUCUCUCACACACACACACACACACACACACACACACGACUUGUGUUUUUGUCAGAUUCUCUUCCACACAGUGCUUCCGGUUCAUAAUAAUCCUUUUAUUGUGUUGACAGCUCUACAACAGUCACAGCUUUGAAGUCAUUUCCUUUGCUAUGAAGAGAACCUUUUAUAUUUAUAGGAAAAUCAUAUAUAUGCAUUACAUGGAUUGCUUUAUAAGAAUAAAAAGUCUCAACAUUGCAUCUGUGAA